CCGGUGGACACCCGGUGGACGCGUGGAUUCCAGGUUUUUUUUUAUUUUUUUUAUUUUUGUAAAAUAAAUAAUCCAAGAAAUGUUUUUUUUUUUCUCCAUAUUUGUGUCGUAACUGCCUCCUGCAGACAGACGACGUCUCUGAGUUCUUUCUCCUCCUUCAUGUUCUGGUUCCUCAGAGCUGCAGGACUUGAUGCUGCAGACAAACAUGAACCUCAGUUCUGGGUUCUAACCAGGAGGAACUCGGUUUGUGGGCGGACCAGUGUCGAACUGGUCCCACUAACCAGAACCACCUGACCGUGAGGAGAAAUGAGCCGAGAACAAAAACGAUCAGGUCCAGAGGGUUGAACAGAAGCUUUGACUCAUCGGCGGCUUCGCUUUAAUGACUCCUCCUCAGACAGACUCUGAUGAGAAGCGAGUCCUCCUCGUUUUUAAUCCUCUGCUCUUUCCUCUUCCAGCUCUACCUCCCAAACCCGUGAAGCCCCCGACUCCGGCACCCUCCAGCAGCUUCAACAACAGCAUGGCGCUGCAGGACGCCGAGUGGUACUGGGGAGACAUUUCCAGAGAGGAGGUGAACGAGAAGCUGAGGGACACCGCCGACGGUACGUUUCUGGUCCGAGACGCCUCCACCAAGAUGCACGGAGAUUACACCCUGACUCUGAGGAAAGGAGGCAACAACAAACUGAUAAAGAUCUUCCAUCGCGAGGGCAAGUACGGCUUCUCCGACCCCCUGACCUUCAGCUCGGUGGUGGAGCUCAUCAACCACUACCGGCACGAGUCUCUGGCCCAGUACAACCCCAAGCUGGACGUCAAGCUGCUGUACCCGGUGUCCAAACACCAGCAGGAUCAGGUGGUGAAGGAGGACAGCAUCGAGGCUGUGGGCAAGAAGCUGCACGAGUAUCACCUGCAGUAUCAGGAGAAGAACCGAGAGUACGACCGGCUGUACGAGGAGUACACCAGGACGUCACAGGAGAUCCAGAUGAAGAGGACGGCCAUCGAGGCGUUCAACGAGACCAUCAAGAUCUUCGAGGAGCAGUGUCAGACGCAGGAGCGCUUCAGCAAAGAGUACAUCGAGAAGUUCCGCCGCGAGGGCAACGACAAGGAGAUCCAGAGGAUCAUGGAGAACUACGACAAGCUCAAGUCUCGGAUCAGCGAGAUCGUGGACAGCAAGCGCCACCUGGAGGUGGACCUGAAGAAGCAGGCGGCCGACUACAGGGAGAUAGACAAGAAGAUGAACAGCAUCAAGCCGGACCUGAUCCAGCUGCGCAAGACCAGGGACCAGUACCUCAUGUGGCUGACGCAGAAGGGAGUCCGACAGAGGAAGCUGAACGAGUGGCUGGAUCUGAAGAACGAAACCACCGAGGACGAGUACAGCACGGUGGAGGAUGAGGAGGACCUUCCUCACCACGACGAGCGCUUGUGGCGUCUGGGGAACAUCAACCGCAGCCAGGCCGAGUCUCUGCUGAGAGGCAAGAAGGACGGAACCUUCCUGGUCCGAGACAGCAGCAAGCCGGGCUGCUACGCCUGCUCCGUGGUGGUGGACGGCGAGGUGAAGCACUGCGUCAUCAACAAGACCAGCACCGGCUACGGCUUCGCUGAGCCCUACAACCUGUACGGCUCGCUGAAGGAGCUGGUGCUGCACUACCAGCACACCUCGCUGGUGCAGCACAACGACUCGCUCAACGUCAAGCUGGCCUUCCCCGUCUACAGCCAGCAGAGACGGUGACCCGCCCCGUGGGUCCGGACCGUCCGCCCGCCCGACCCCCGCCGCCUCCCGCCGCCCGACCCCCGCCACGUUUCCCAAAGUCAAGACGUCGCAGCUGCAGUCGGUUGAACUCUGGAGCAGUCGACGUCCGGACGGAGCUUCAGGGCUGAGACAUGGAAUAUUUAACUGUGAAAGUGGAGCUUUAAGUCCCGCUGAGGACGGCGAGGACAAACAAGCAGACUUUACAGCCAAAAGUGUCGUCGGACUGAAGAUCAGAGACGAGGUUUUCACACUCGGGUCGGCGCCACAUGGGAACUUGUUCGCUGUUUGUCAGUAUAUGGAUGAAAAUGAUGAGACUCGGGGCGCCGCGUCCAGUCGGAUUCAUUUUAAAGUCACAAAACUCACCUCUUGCACUUGAAAGUCCUUCUUCUGGCGUUCCACGUCACAUGUUUAGACACAAAGAGACGCGAUGUUGGCAUGAAGAGGUGGAGAACGUCACACCUCCAGACGCCCAGAUCAUGUUUCUGUCACUAAACAGCAUAAAUUAUUCCGUUAUAGAUUGAUAAUUAAGUAUUUGGACUUGAUCUGAGGACUGGGCUGAGGUGUUCCGUGUGAUUCCGACCCCAGUCUGUGCAGAACCCAGGUACUGAACUGUCGAACCUGAACCGCCGUCGGGUCUCUGCUCCGAGUGGAAGUGAGCCGGCGUGACGGGACUCUUCCUUCAACCCGAACCGUCGAUCCGGCAGCUCGGCUGAAACUACAAAUAUGGACGCCGGCGGACCGUCUGGAGGAAGCGUGCGGGCGGGAACGAGUGCCGCUGGAAACUGAACUGAAGUCGUUUGUGUUUAGACGUGAUCGGCAUUUGGAAAGUGAACGUGUUUGAUUUGAUCCUCAGCUCUCUGUUCGUCCGUUACGUUCUCACACUUCUUUUCUUGUGGUUUAAAUUCAACUCAUCUGGACGGGCAGAAGCAUGCGGUGCUACAAACCGAACAAACAUGAAUUUAAAUGGCUCAGAUUGGAACACUGAGCUCGAACAGCGCAGAAAGAAUCUGAGUUGAAUUUACAGCGAGGAUCAAAUUCAGUUUCAAAUGAUGCGAUUCAAAUCUUUUUCAGGUUGAAAAAUACAAAUCCAGAUGGUCGGGUUCUAAUGCAGAUGUUCUAAUACAGUUACUGAGGUUAAAAAUAGAGACUUAAGCUAAUACAGUGUACUUUCAUUUUCAGUUUUCAAACUUCAAAUUCACUUCAGACAUAAUAGAUGCACAGUGAAGCAAGUUCAAGCUGAGCUGACGUGAUUCAAACUGGUUUAAAGGCAGAUGUUCCAGUCUAACAUCUCAGUGAAGCUCCAGCUAGAAAACAUUCAAAUCAUGACUUUUGUUUAUUUUUUUUUUAUGUAUUUAUUCACGUUGAACAAAUUCAGACAUAAACGACGGCGGUUCGGUUUCUGGCGGCCACGUUUCCGCCGGCAGCAGACGGAUUUAUGGAAACACUGUGAGAUGGUGAACGAGGUUCAAACGAGGGCCCGCCAGAAGCUUCUUGGUCCCGACUCGUCCAAAGACUCGACUCCAUCGCCUCCCCGCUCGCUGCUCUUCAGGUCUGUUCCGUUGCUGUGUUUUUGAGCGUGUUGCUUCGGCGGACGGACGACUCGUUUUGUUGCUUCACGUCGUCAAACGGACGCAGUUCAGGAUCCUCAGAGACGAAACUGAACAAUCGGGAUGUUUGUGGAGCUGCUCGGACUUCUGGACGCCCAACAGCCGUUUGGACGCUCGGCUGCUCUCAGAGUCGGAUUAUUUCUUCUUCUUCUUCUUUUCGUGACCAGGUACAGGAGGCAGAACUGUGUGUCGUCAUGGAAACCGCCCGGCAGCCUCCUCACCUUGGCGCCCAUGCGUCUCAUGAAACCUUUCCCAGCUCUUACUAUUAUUUACCACCAUCAUUUUUUCCGUGAGGGAGGAAACGCCCGCUUGAAGUUUAAACCAAAGUAGCGAAAGAGGAACAAAGUCGCGUAACGACGGACGGCGAGAAGCGUUCAGGAGCUCCGAUCGACCAGUCGAACACGUGGAAGCAUUUAUCUAGAAAUGUGCAGACAGAUGUUCACCCGCUGACGUUUCCUUUACUCCUCCACACUUUUCUAAGCAUUAUAUUCAGUAUAGUGUGUCUGUGUGUGUCUGUGUGUGUCUGUGUGUGUGUGUGUGUGUGUCUGUGUCUGUGUGUGUGCGUGUGUGUCUGUGUGUGUGUGUGUGUGUGUGUGUGUUCAUAUUUUGAUAUCUGUGUACUGACUAUUACGUUGAAGAGCCUCAGCGUCCGUCAGGUGGAAGCCGUUUCAUCGCAGGUAGUUUUCAUCGUUGGUUCACUUUGGCCGGAGCUGCUCUUAUCGAUUAUCGUGCUCAUUGAUUUCUAGGUUUUCUGAUCAGGAAACGGUGCCGAGCUGCACUCAGGAGAACUUCAGGAACCAACAGAUGUUUGGUCAUUUUGCUUUAAAAGGUUUCCUGAAGGAGCUGCUCUUCUGUUAAUCGGCUAAUUUCAAGUUUGAAAUGAAAAGAUUUGAGCCACUAGAGAAACUCUCGGCACUUUUGCUUUUGUGUUGGACAGUUAAUCGAUUCUCACAUUUCUGUUCGAUUAGUUUUCUGACCAGUUCGUCGACUGAACGUUUGAUAAACACACGAAGGCUCAGAUCCUCCUGCAACAGUUUGACUUGUUUCUGGGUGAAAACAAAGAAUGAAUUUUAAUGUCUGAUGACUAAUUACGUCCAGUUAUUGUCUCAUAGGAGCAGAAUCGAAGAGUCAGAACUUACUGGACAUGGAAUAAUAAAAGAAGUCUAUUUACGUUCAUUAAUAACAAAGACAGUUACUCCGAAUUAAACAGGAGUGAAGGACAACAAUACAGAACUUUAAGAUUUUUUUUUAAAUUCCAGACCAAGAGGUGAAGAUUUAUCGCCUCGUUUCAGGGACUUUUUCAACAUUAGCACAUUAAUAAAUGCAUCAAUUACUGGAUGAAUUCAGUCGUGCUUCAGGUGAAUCAUUUGUUAAAACUCAAACCAGCUCUGGUGGACUUUUUGUUUUAAGUACUACAGGGGGAAGUAUUGGUUUUGUCUAAUGAACAUAGACAGCAGUGGGCCUGAUGUCGAGCCCUGAGGAACCCCACAGUUAAUCUAGUGGCUUCAUUUUCAGGCUUAAAUAAUAAUUAGUGCAAAAAUAUCAAAGAUGAUUAAACUGAGGUCGUGUCAUUCCAGUUUUAAAGUCAUUCCACAGUUAUUAGAGAGAUUUAUUUUCUUUAUUUGCUACCCUCCUUCCUUUUUUUUCCUUUAUAACAAACUGAGCUCUUAUUCUUAAUUUAUUUUCUGGUUUGUUUGUUUUCUGGCCUGAAAGUAAAAGAAGCACAUCAUGACUAAAGACGAGUUGCAUCACAGGUGGGCUUCACUUUAGGCAGCAUUUCUCUGGUAAGUCACAAAAGGUUUUGCUUUAGCCGUGCAGCAUAAAUGUUUAUUUCAUGCCUCGUUAUUUCAACAUUUCCCGACAGUAUUCGUGCACUCUGAGCUGGAAACAACAGCCGUCAUGCGAUCAGGAGAAACACGGACAGUGUUGUUGUUUGUGUCGUUUUGGACGUUUGUUUUCCAAAGACAAGCAAGAAGAGCUCAUUACUGCUGAUGUCUUCAGAACCACGCUGGACGGCGAAACGCCUCCGGCUUGUUGUUUUGUUUGGUUUUUCUCAGUGUAACUGAAAAUCCGUGUGAAUUCCAUGAACACUGUAUUUUCUGUAUCAGAAACCGUUUUUUUGUUGUUUUUUAUUUCCUCUCUGUUUGCUUCUCAUGCUGUUGAAUCGGAGACAAUAAAGCACCAGAACCUUGAA